AUGCGAUUGUGGAACUUUGUAUCAGUGUUGUUCUUGUCAACGCUAAUAGCCGCUGAGACUCAUGAAUGGUGGUUCCAGACUGGCUGGGUCGAUGGCCUCAACCCAGAUGGUGUUUUCGAAAGAAGUAUGAUUGGUUUCAAUGGAUCUUGGCCAUUGCCCACUUUGAGAGUGAAAAAAUAUGACCGUGUUAUUUUGCACUUGAUCAAUGGCUUUGACACCUUAAAUACGACGUUGCAUUUCCAUGGUAUGUUCCAACAUGGAUCGUCUCAGAUGGAUGGACCUCCAAUGGUGUCGCAAUGUCCUAUUCCUGCUGGUGAAGUUUUCACUUAUAAUUUCACUGUGGAUGAACAAGUUGGUUCUUAUUGGUACCACUCGCAUACUUCUGGGCAAUACGGAGAUGGUAUGAGAGGCGUAUUCAUCAUCGAAGAGCCAAGUAAAGAUGAUUACCCAUAUGAUUACGACGAAGAAGUUGUCUUGACUUUGAAUGAACAUUACCACAAGACUUCUGCAGAAUUGAUGCCUGAUUUCUUGAGCAGAUUCAAUCCAACUGGUGCAGAACCAAUCAUUGACAACCUCUUGUUCAAUGAAACUAGAAAUGCUACUUGGAAGGUGGAGCCAAACAAGACCUAUUUAUUGAGAAUCAUCAACACUGGAAGAUUCAUUUCACAAUAUCUUUGGAUUGAGGAUCACAACAUGACGGUUGUUGAAGUGGAUGGUGUUUACACAGAACCAAAAGAAGCCAGCAUGCUUUAUGUCACCAUUGCUCAGAGAUAUACUGUAUUGGUACACACCAAGAACUCCACUGACAAAAACUAUGCAUUCAUGAACAAAGCUGAUGACACCAUGUUGGAUACCGUUCCCAAAGCUUUAGAAUUGAAUGGUACAAAUUACAUGAUGUACAACGAUGGCGACAAACCAGAACAAAAUUAUGUUGAUUCAAUUGAUGACUUUUUAGAUGACUUUUACUUGGUGCCAUUGGAUAAGCAAGAAAUUUUGGAUGACGCUGAUUACACAGUUACUCUUCAAGUGCAAAUGGACAACUUGGGCAAUGGUAUCAACUAUGCCUUUUUCAACAACAUCUCCUACACCAAGCCAAAAGUACCAACUAUACUCAGUGUUUUAUCUGCCGGUGAUGAAGCCACCAACGAAUUAGUCUAUGGUACCAACACAAACACGUUCGUCUUGGAAGAAGAUGAAGUUGUUGACAUUGUGCUUAACAACUUGGACACCGGUACACAUCCAUUCCAUUUACAUGGUCAUGUUUUCCAAGUUUUGGAAAGAGGUGCUGCAAGGGAUGAUGAUGAAGAUCCAGUUGCCUUUAAUGCCUCUGAUCACGCCGAGUGGCCUAAAUAUCCAAUGAAGAGAGAUACAUUGUACGUACGCCCUCAAUCGUACUUUGUCAUUCGUUUCAAAGCUGAUAACCCAGGUGUAUGGUUCUUCCACUGUCAUAUCGAAUGGCAUUUGGAUCAAGGUUUGGCAGUUGUAUUUGUUGAGAAUCCAAAUGCUAUUAGAAACAAUGAAACGCAACAAAUCACAGAUAAUCAUAAGGAAAUUUGUGAGAAGGUUGGUGUGCCAUGGAAGGGAAAUGCUGCUGGAAAUGACGUCAACUUGUUGGACUUGUCCGGAGAAAACGUUCAGCACAAGAGGUUGCCUACUGGAUUCACUGCUAAAGGAAUUGUUGCAUUAGUAUUUUCGUGUGUUGCCGGUUUCUUGGGCUUGGCUACAAUCGCCUUUUACGGAUUGCAAGACAUUCCUGAUGUUGAAGAAAGAGUGGCCAAAGAUUUGAUGGUGGAUAUAACCGAUCUCGAAGACGAAGAGGGAAGUCGUGAUACAGAUCAUGAAAUUAUAGCUGAAGGAAGCAGUUCCAUGCAAGAACGUUCCUCCACGGUUAAGAACAGCAAUUAA